AACACAAGGCAAUCAUGGUUAACAGAGCACAAUUAAUAUUUCCCAUAAUCAUAACUAAUCCCCCAACAUUCUAUUUUUUUUCACUCUCACCAUAGCAGCAGCCUCUGUCUCUCCUUUGAAUGGACCUGUCUUUGACCUUCCUACACAGAUUUCUUCCUAGGGCAGUGGUGUGUCUGGCUCUCUCAAUCCUGGGAGAGAAAAGAUGAUUGAACCUCUUCACUAGCCGUUCAAGCCCUCCUAGUGCCAUACACCAGCUGCACUCACAUUCCUAGGUUCUCCUUGACCCACCAGACACACAUGUACCCUUGGAGACCGUCCCUCAAAAUCCCAUCAAUACAGGAUCCUAAAAGAAGAGUCUUAAAAAAAAAAAAGAGUCUUUAUACCCAUUACCCCAUUACAUACCAAUAAUAAUAUAGGGCUAUUCUUCAAAGGAGGGAUUGAGAAUAUUUUAGUGUUUAAAUGAUCGAAGUCAGUGUCUGUGGCAGAUGGAAUUUACACCCCUCUAUCAAAUAAACCACCCCAAAUGUCUAUUCCUGACAAAAGGAAAAUCAAAUUCCUCCCAGGGCACUAAGAGGAAGUGUUUCUCUGGUAGGAAUCCAGAAAAGUGGAGAGAAGGAAUCUAGCUGCUCUCAACAUGAGAAUGGAAGCCUGUCUGAAUGGGCGGGGCCAGUCUCAGCCCAUAGGAAAAUUAUGUUCAUAGUGGGCAGAUCCUGUGAACUUUUUUCUGAGGGCAUCCAUUCACCCAAGGAACUAGCAAGGUUAGUCACUUGAAAGUGAAGAACUCAAGGUCCACUGAAAAUGAAGAACUCAAGUCCAUCCUUGCUCACAUGUAGGAGCCCAUUCCUACCAGGAGCCUGAGAGAUUUGGCAGAGGCUGGGUGAAGGCUGAGCAUAGAAGAGAUUUCCCUUAUGGAGUUCAAGGUCAAGUCAACCUACAGUCAAUAACUCUGCUCUCAACUAUAAUAAAAUACCACUCAACACUCACUAGGAUGGCUAUAUUUUUUUAAAAAGCAUUCAUGAGAAUGUUUAAAAAUUGGACCCCUCGUACAUUGGUGGAAAUGUAAAAUGGUGGGGCCACGUUGGAUAACACGUUUUUGGCAGUUCCUCAACAUACUAAGCAUAGAGUUACCAGAUGACCCAGAAGUUCCACUUCUUGGUACAUACCCAAAAGAAAUGGAAACAUGUUCACACAAAAAACUUGUACACAAUGUUCAUAGCAGCGUUAUCCAUAAGAGCCUCAAACUGGAAACAACCCAAGUAUUCAUCAACUAAUGAAUGGGUAAACAAAAUGUGGUAUACCCAUACACUAGAAUAUAGCAUACAUAAAACUUUAAAAUGUUAUGCUAAGUGAAAGAAGCCAGUCACAAAAGACCAACUAUUAUGACUGCAUUUAUGUGAAAUGUCCCCCGCCCCCAUAGGCAUAUCCCUGGAAGCAUGUAAUACUUUAAGCAAUAAAACAAAAUUAAAAAAAUAAUAAAAAAAUAAAAUGUUAAAAAAAAAAAAAAGAAUGCAGAUUAGUGACUGCCUGGGGCUAGGGCGGGAGGACAGGGAGGGGGCACUAAAAAACGGGAGGCAGCUUUUAAUGGGUAUGGGUUUCCUUGGAAGUGUUGCUAAAGUCCUACAAUUGGCUCCUCUCUGAGGGGGCGUGGCUAGGCCCUAGGGGGCGUGGCUGGAUUCUGGGGCGGGACUAGCCAGUUUAAAGCCUGGCUGAGGCACAGAAGCCGGAUGCUUUUUGGCUGUUAUGCCUCGAGGAAUGGAGGCGUGCGCUAGUCUCUGCGGUGCGGGCUCUUCGCGGGGAUGUCGGUGUCGGUGUCGUCAGCAGUGCCAGGGCCCAGCUGAGGCGGCAGUGGCCUACGGCAAGCCGGCCCCGGCCGCGGCAGAAAAGCACGUGGAGGCGGUCGAGGCAGCGCGGUGCUGUGCGGAGAGUGGAGAAAUUGCGAGCCCCAUGCCGCCCCCGCACUGCUCGCUGCGGGACCUGCCUGUGGAGAUGCUGGUGGAGAUCUUCGCCUGGCUCCCCGGCACCGACCUGCCCAGCCUGGCCCUGGCCUGCACCAAAUUCCACCACAUCCUGCACAUCGACCGCAUCUGGAGACGGCGCUGCCGGGAGGAAUAUGGCUUUUCUGAAAACUCGCAGAACCUGGAGAUGAUAGGUAUGUCUUAUCGAGAAGUCUAUGCGAAGCUGCUCCACCCAUACAGACACAUUUUGGGAUUGUGGCAGCUAGAUACUGAGGACUAUAGAACACUGCUGAAUGUCGCGGUGGACGGCUUAUGCAUUACUGGUUGGACUUACGGGCCUUCCCUUAACACCCACGUGGAUGGCCCACUGCAAUUCCAGCCCUCGUUCAGAAUUCGCCUGACGGAGAGGAAAUCAGCCGUGGUGGAAUGCAUGGAAGGCCGCCACAGCAGGCCCCACAGCCGCCACGUGCAGAUUCAGAAGGACAGGCUCACCCUCCAGUGCGACAAGACAGGCCACCGGAAGGAUUUAACAGCGAGACUUAGGCAAGAACGGGCGCUGGUGCUGUCGCUGACGCUGGGGCUGGAGGACAGAUAUCAGUAUGACUGCCUGGCCUACCGCCGCCUCUACCUCCCGCCGAGCCACCCGGAGGACCUCAUCAGGCCAGGCCUCUUCCAAGGCAACUACGAUGCCUUCGGCCUAAAGAUUGUCAUGCUCAGCUUCCAUGGGAAGUAUGCCAGGGUCACGAAGAUCACGGGAGACACCAUCAGGAUGUUAGAGAUCCACCUCAUGCGCCGCAUCCAGCUGCCAGAUGGCGAGUUCUUCCGCAACUUCAACGAGCUCUCCCGCGUGGUCCAGGAGAUUGAUGAGCAGGUGAUCCGGGAGCAGCAGCAGCAGCAGCAAGAAAACGGGACUGAGGAAAGCCAGGGCCAUGGCUGGCAGAGCCCUGCCCAGCCCAGCGUCGGGGAGUCCGGGGCUGCAGCUUUGGAGGAGCAGCCUGUCCCGUUUGUUCUGCCUGUGGGCAUGCGCACAAGAGACCAGAACUACCCCCGAACCUGCAGGAUGUGUUUCUAUGGCGUGGACACUGUUACCUUACCUGGCUUAGCCUACUGGGAGCGGUUUCCUGGAGUCUUCAUCCUGUUCGAUGAGAACCACUUUGGGUUCAUCUGGCUGAAGGUGAAAUACUUCAUCUUGUACGGCAGAGUCCAGAACACCUUCCAGAAUGUGGAGGCACCAUCCCCGCAGGCCUUCCUGGAGAUGCUCUAGAACAUUCAUUCCAGACCCCCUGGAGGAGCAGCUUGUAGAUUUGAGCUUCUGACCAGAUUACCCACCUUUGUUUGUUUUUUUUUAAUCCUCACCCGAGGAUAUUUUCCCAUUGAUGUUUAGAAAGAAUGGGAGAGAGAGGGAAAGACAGAAAUAUCGAUGUGAGAGAAACACAUCAGUUGGUUGCCUCAUGCCCAAGCCUGGACCAGGGCCAAGCUGGGUAGGAGCCAGAAACUGAGGUAGAAUUAAACCUUAGACCAGUGGUCUCAACCUUCCUAAUGUUGCGACCCUUUACUACAGUUCCUCAUGUUGUGGUGACCCCAAUUUCAUUGUUAUAAAUUGAACCUAAUGAAAGCAUAGUGACUAAUCACACACAAAAAAGGAAAAGCACUACUGCAAUUAAUUCAUUGAUUGAGUUACAAGUGGGACUGCUUUUUUUUUUUUUUUUUUUACUGAAACACCAUUUUUAC